CCCCGACCGGCGGGCCGUCGCGAAGACAAAAUGGACGCCGCCGUCGCGGGCCCCGCCAGCCCCAGCCGCUCCGAGGGCGAGGAGGAGCCGUCCACCUCGGCCGCUGCCGGCGCCGCCUCACAGGACUGCAGCCCCGAGGAGAAAAAUGACCCUCCAUUUCAACUCAAGCCUCCUCCAAAGGCAUCUAAGUCUGAAAAAGAAGUUGAUCCAGAGUAUGAGGAGAAAAUGAAAACAGAUCGAGCCAAAAGAUUUGAAUUCCUUCUGAAGCAGACAGAGCUUUUUGCGCAUUUUAUCCAGCCAGCAGCACAGAAAUCACCAACGUCUCCCUUAAAAGUGAAACUUGGACGGCCUCGGAUAAAGAAAGAUGAAAAGCAGAGCUUACUAUCCGCUGGGGAUUAUCGCCACAGGCGCACAGAGCAAGAGGAGGAUGAAGAACUUCUUUCCGAGAGCCGGAAAACCUCCAAUGUGUGCGUCCGAUUUGAGGAAUCUCCUUCUUAUGUUAAAGGAGGUACAUUAAGAGACUACCAGGUUAGAGGUUUGAACUGGAUGAUCUCCCUGUACGAAAAUGGUGUGAAUGGCAUUUUGGCAGAUGAAAUGGGUCUAGGUAAGACUUUGCAGACCAUCGCUUUGCUAGGCUAUCUGAAGCAUUAUCGAAACAUUCCUGGGCCCCACAUGGUUCUGGUUCCCAAGUCAACUUUACACAACUGGAUGAAUGAAUUUAAACGCUGGGUUCCUUCCUUACGUGCCGUUUGUCUAAUUGGAGACAAGGAUGCUCGAGCUGCUUUCAUCCGUGAUGUUAUGAUGCCCGGAGAGUGGGAUGUUUGUGUGACCUCAUAUGAAAUGGUAAUUAAAGAGAAAUCUGUUUUCAAAAAAUUUAACUGGAGGUACCUGGUGAUCGAUGAAGCCCAUCGCAUAAAGAAUGAAAAAUCUAAGCUAUCUGAGAUUGUCCGUGAGUUCAAGACAACAAAUCGCUUGCUACUAACAGGAACUCCUUUGCAGAAUAAUCUUCAUGAGCUGUGGGCUUUGCUCAACUUUCUUCUGCCUGACGUCUUUAAUUCUGCUGAGGACUUUGACUCAUGGUUUGACACUAAAAACUGUCUUGGUGACCAAAAACUUGUAGAACGACUUCAUGCAGUUUUGAAGCCAUUUUUGUUGCGGCGCAUAAAAGCGGAAGUGGAAAAGAGCUUGCCUCCCAAAAAAGAAGUAAAAAUUUAUUUGGGACUCAGCAAAAUGCAGAGAGAAUGGUAUACAAAGAUCCUGAUGAAAGAUAUUGACAUCCUGAAUUCAGCUGGAAAGAUGGAUAAGAUGCGGUUGCUGAACAUUCUGAUGCAGCUGCGGAAAUGUUGUAAUCACCCCUAUCUCUUCGAUGGGGCGGAGCCGGGUCCUCCUUAUACCACUGAUACGCACCUUGUGACCAACAGUGGCAAAAUGGUGGCCCUCGAUAAAUUGCUGUCAAAGCUCAAAGAACAGGGUUCUAGAGUUCUUAUUUUUAGCCAGAUGACCCGUUUGCUGGAUAUACUGGAAGAUUAUUGCAUGUGGCGGGGCUAUGAGUAUUGCCGGCUGGAUGGGCAGACACCACAUGAAGAGCGGGAGGAAGCAAUUGACACUUUUAACGCCCCCAACAGCAGGAAGUUUAUUUUUAUGCUAAGUACAAGAGCCGGAGGCUUGGGGAUUAAUUUGGCAACGGCAGACGUCGUGAUCCUCUAUGAUUCUGACUGGAAUCCACAGGUUGACCUGCAAGCCAUGGACCGUGCACAUCGUAUUGGACAGAAGAAGCCAGUGCGGGUAUUCCGACUUAUCACUGACAACACUGUUGAAGAGAGGAUUGUGGAGAGAGCUGAGAUCAAACUGAGGCUGGACUCCAUAGUUAUACAGCAAGGAAGGCUUAUUGACCAGCAGUCUAACAAACUGGCUAAAGAUGAAAUGCUGCAGAUGAUCCGACACGGAGCGACACACGUGUUUGCUUCCAAGGACAGCGAAUUGACCGAUGAAGACAUUACCACCAUUUUGGAGAGAGGUGAAAAGAAGACUGCUGAAAUGAAUGAGCGUUUGCAUAAAAUGGGUGAGAGUUCCCUUCGCAACUUCACAAUGGACACAGAAAUGAGCUUGUACAAUUUUGAAGGUGAAGAUUACCGAGGGAAACAGAAGCUGAGUAUGAUGGAAUGGAUAGAGCCCCCGAAAAGGGAGCGCAAAGCCAACUAUGCUGUGGAUGCCUACUUCAGAGAAGCUCUCCGUGUCAGUGAACCCAAAAUCCCAAAGGCUCCACGACCUCCAAAACAGCCAAAUAUUCAAGAUUUCCAGUUCUUUCCACCACGGCUAUUUGAGCUUCUUGAGAAAGAAAUUCUGUAUUACCGCAAGACCAUAGGCUACAAGGUCCCCAGGAAUCCUGACCUCCCAAAUGCAGCGCAGGUGCAGAAAGAGGAACAACGGAAGAUUGAUGAGUCUGCUCCUCUCUCUUCAGAAGAGGCUGAAGAGAAAGAAAAACUUCUCACACAGGGCUUUACAAACUGGAACAAAAGAGACUUCAACCAGUUUAUCAAAGCAAAUGAAAAAUACGGACGUGACGACAUCGAUAACAUUGCCCGCGAGGUGGAAGGAAAGUCACCGGAGGAAGUCAUUGAGUAUUCAGCGGUUUUUUGGGAACGUUGUAAUGAACUUCAGGACAUUGAGAGGAUCAUGGCACAGAUCGAACGAGGGGAAGCCAGAAUACAGAGGAGGAUUAGCAUCAAGAAAGCCCUGGAUGUCAAAAUUGCAAGAUAUAAAGCCCCUUUCCAUCAGUUGCGUAUUCAGUACGGCACAAACAAAGGCAAAAACUACACAGAAGAAGAAGACAGGUUCUUGAUAUGCAUGUUACAUAAAAUGGGCUUCGAUAAAGAAAACGUGUACGAAGAACUAAGGCAGUGUGUGCGCAACGCCCCUCAAUUCAGAUUUGACUGGUUUAUCAAGUCUAGAACGGCAAUGGAACUUCAGAGACGCUGCAAUACACUCAUCUCUCUUAUUGAAAAAGAAAAUAUGGAGAUUGAGGAAAAAGAGAAAGCUGAGAAGAAGAAACGGGGAACGAAAACUCCAGCGUCACAAAAAAGAAAAGCAGAUUCUGCUGCAGAGAGCUCCGGAAAAAAGGAUACUAAAAAGGUGAAAACGUAAAUGAGGAAAAGCAAAACAGCCAACUGAAAACUGCCACAUUUUGCUUUCUAACUGCAAAUGUUAUUGCCAUCGUCUCUGUAUUCAUGGUACCUGCAAGAAGGAGGA